ACAGGCAAACAAUAUGAGCAUCUUAUAAGUUGCGCUUCUUAAUUUUGUACCGUAUGGCACUUAAUUGCAGCGGUGUGGACCCGAAACACCAAUACUGUGACACGGGCUAUUUUAAAGCUCGUUAUUGAAUGACUUAAAUGAUUAAUUUAAAGUUAUAUCAUUAUACUUCUAGUAUUAAAAUGUUAGCCACCAUAGCAGCUCCGCUAGCGAAAGUAACGUUACGUUAAACUGGUUCUACAUUGCCAUUGUUAUUUUCUUCAGCACACAGACGGAGGAUGUUGAAUGAAAGAGUGAAGAUACACAGUCGACAACUGCGACUAAAGGCAAUUGCAUGUCUGGGACAAUAACAGGGAAAAGCCCCAUACAGUGUGGGAAACGGGAUACAAUCGACAGGAUACAAGGGAGGCAGCAGGCGUAUAUGUCAUGCCAAGCAAAAUCAUAACCCUCACUGUAGGUGGGAAACGUCUGUGUUAACUAGGCAGGGUCAGGGCUGCCGAGCUUUUCCCAUGCUGUAAGCUACUGCCCUAGCUGUGAGGAGAGAGAAGACAUGAUGCACUGACCACAGUCACAAACUGACCAAUUCAAGCAUUGUUCAAAAUGCCGACGGUUCUGGAGAAUAUAGUGGCCAUGGUGAAGCAGCACCCAGAUGGGAUCCCCCUUAAAAAGCUGGCUGUAUUCUACAACCAGACCUACCGCAAGAACCUGACUUUAUCAACACUGGGUUUCGACUCCAUGGCUAGCCUGGUAGCCUCUCUGGACAGGGAUCUGGUUGUGGAGGGGGAACUGGUGUUUUGCAAGUUCAAUCGCCAUGAUAGUCGGAUCGUAACUGGAGCUGGAGCAUCAGCAAAAGCUACAGAAGACAACAAGAAGAUUGAGAACGUUCUAGAAAAUAUUGUGGCCAUGAUGAAAGAACACCCAGAUGGGAUUCCUCUGAAGAAGGUGGCUAUAGUCUACAGCCAAAUAUAUCGCCACAACCUGGCCUUAGCCUCUUUGGGCUUCAAAACUAUUUCCUGCCUGGUAGCAUCUUUAAAAGAAGAUCUAGUUGUAAGUGGGGAUUUGGUGUUCCAUAAGAUUCACCAGCCUCAAAAUCAGCCUGUUGCUGAGAAGCCAGCAAAAGCCACAGACGACAGCAGGCCUGCAACACCACAGAGAACUGAAAAACUUAUUGGGAAGAGUAGCACUACUCAAAGUGUUACAGUGCCACAGGUGGAUGUCAACUCUCACUAUGUGCCUUCCAAUCCGGCAGGAAUUAACUUUUUAGGUCCUCCUUUGAUUAGCACUGCCUCUUUAUUCUCCACCGACUGUCUUCCUGUUAACCCACUCUUUACUGCGCCCAAGCCAGCUGAGAAAUUGAGCCAACAGCAGCUGUACCAAAGGGUCCUAGAGGUGAUAAAGAAGUACCAGUUGAAGGCUCCAUCAAUGGACGAGCUCCAAACCUGCUAUUUUAAGAGGUUUAAUGAAUCGCUCCCUAUCACACAGUACAUGUCUCUGUAUGACAGCUGGGAAGCAUCUUGCCCCAAGAAGCUACCCACUCAAUCUGAACCAACAGCAGAUCCCAAUACUGUUGUAUUGCAGACAACUACAGUAGCACAGGGUCUUACGCAAGAGCCUGAAGAGGAACAGCAGCAACAGGCCAUUGCGUCCAACUUCCUCUCGGACUCUGACUUUCCAGUGCUGGGGGCAGAUGUGAGCUCGACCAAAGAGAAGAAGAGCAAAAUUACAGAUGCAACCCAGAAAAAAGGCAGUGCCACUGUCUUUAAAGAAGCUUAUCAUGCCCAGCUGAGAGAGGUCCAUGGAGGUAAUAUGCGGGCUAUCAUGCAGGAUGAGGAAGAGCUUGCACGGAGAAGGCGGAACCGAGUCCUGGAUCAGGAUUCUGUCAACAGUUUAAUGGAAGAUGUGAUACGAGACAUAGCUGCUGAGGGAGAGCUGGUCACCAAAGAGAAGGUGAUAUCCAGGGUGUGUAGGCUUAUGCAGAUUCCCUCUUUGGAUGUUGGAAGGAUACAACCCUGGAAGAUUCCGGCUUUAAAAGACCUUCAAUACCUCAUAAGAGAGAUCAACAUGUUCAUAGAGUCUACUGAAGCAGUGACAUCCAUCUGUACCCUGUAUGAGCUGGGCCAGUCACUAGCGGGGCUGAAGGACAAGAAGCGCUAUGAAGAGCUGAACUUGGGGCCCCUCUGCAAACUCCCCCUCAUCCACCGCAUGUUCAAGAUUGACAGUAACACUAAGGAUGACGAUAUCCACCAGAUCGAGACAAUUGACAUCUUAAAGCAAAUUCGUGUUUUUAGGAAGCAGCAGAACAAGCCAAAAGUGGACCUGGCUGAGUUCAUGAAGUAUCUGUCUGACCACUACAACUGUGAUUCUCCCUACGAGCUGGGUAUCAGGAUACACAGCCUUGGGCUGCCCAUAGGGACCUUACUGAAGGUGAGUCGAUGUGAGUACAUGAUAAUGGACCAAGCCAGGGAGGUCAUCCAGAAAGAGCUGGAGGAUGAGACCUACGAGCGGCUGAGAAAGAUAAAGAAGACCGUGUUGGAGCCAGUGCAAGGAGCAUCUUCCUUCUCCACGGGAAGCUUAGACCUCAGGAAGAAGUACGCUUCUAUGACUGCAGCCGAGGUAGCGCUGGCAGUCUACUCAAACGCAGAGGGGGUGUUCAGUCCCAAGAUGGCUAAGCACAUCCAGAACUUCCUGCUGCAGGUGUCAGGUAACCGUCUGGCAACAGCUCUGUUUCAGCUGGCCAUCUGUGGAGGCUCCCUGGCUGUCCCACAGGACCUGGUGCCCAAAGAUAAGACAUCCAACACCACCGAACAAACUAAAGAUGCAGACAAACCCACCACAUCCCUCCCCAGUGAAGCGAAAGUGAAACAGUACCUUAAAGACAGCCUGUCCUCUCAGCACACAGCCAUCACUUUAGCCCACAUGGCCUCUUUGGAGAGGAAGUUGACCAAACACUUCCAGGUCAACAAUUUCCUCUCUUUAGAGCAAGGCAACUUUCUGGAGUACCUUGUUAAACACAUUCAGCUCCUGCAGGACACACUGGGGUCUACUUUGCCUCUGAGCAGUGGCUGCAUGGAACUUGUGGGCACUGGUUUCAGACCCACCAGACAAGACGUGUUUGAGUUCAUCACACAGUGUGGUGACAUAACGUCCACUGAUCCAGAAGAACUCUCCCACAUUGAGUCAGCACUGAGAUCCCACUACCGGGUCCGGGACAGUCGUGACCUAGGCUACGGCACUCUGCAAAUGCUGGCUGGCCUGGUCCAACGCCAGAGAGGGCUGAAUGGAGGAGGACAGAGCCAGGUCUACUACGAGUCAGCCCUGUUUGCCAAACACAGCAAUUCAAGUGUUGAAGGUGGGUGUGGAUCAGUGGGACGGCUAGGUGAGAUGUCCAAGGCCCACGCUCUGGCCAGCUUGCUCUCCUGCCCUCUGCUAGAAGAUUUAAGUGAGUGGAGCCAAUGGGAGCUGAUCUUCAAACCCCUUCAUGGCUCCCUCAAAGAUUUCAUUGAAAGAAACGCAGCUAAUACAGGCCUGGCAGCGUUGGAGGUGACACCAGGUUUGCUCCUCAGGAUCACCACGCACACAGGAGACAAGCAUUUCUCCAGUGCAGCAAUGGCCCUCGACUCAGUCAGCACAGCUGGCCACCUUGUGUCCAUGGUAGUAGCUGAUGGGAUCGUCAAUGCUCCCACAGCCCUCCUGGCCAAUCACAUGCAGAGCUCCCUGGCAGCAGCUGUGGGCAAAGAAGAUUUGUCCCAGUCUGAAGAGGAUGUGUCAUGUUACAGCAGAGUGGCCAAAUUCCUCUUGGCAUGUUUGACACGAAUCCCCACCAGAAUCUGCCAGGCUCUUUUGCAACAGGUGUUUCUGGAGCCUUUCUCUCUUGUCUUGGGCCAGGCCAAGUCUAAACAGGUCCUGAUCACUGUAGCUCAGUCUGACCUGAGGCACAUGAACUGUCUGCAUCGGCUUGGUAUCCUCCUGGGCAUCACAGACUGGAUCAAAGACUACCAGAAAAAACUGAACCCACAACAGAUCCAAAGCUGCAACACACAAACAGCCCCUGUGGAACAGGCCAAGCCUAAUUUGAAAGAUUCUGAGACCAUCAGUCUGUCAGCUCUAAAUAUCAAUGAAGAUGAUUAUCUUGAGGAUAACACAAUGGACAACAGCUUUGCCUCCUCCCAUCUCAACCAGAGCCUACAACAAGUCAAUGGCGAGAAAGACGUAGUGGUUGAGGACAUAGAGGAUGAAGAGGAGCUGUAUGAGUUGGCCUCAAUGCCUAACGGAGAGACAUCAGACGUCAGCAGUGAAGCUGAAGGGAGCCUGGACGAGGAACAGUCAGAAAUGUCCGAUUCUGAUGAAAUGGAUGCUGCCAGCUGCCAAUCAACGACGACAUUAGGCUUCCAAAAAGCCAUCAUUGAGGACAUUAGGAAGAAUGAGUUUGGUAUUGGUGUGGAAUUGACCGCUGAAGGCCAGAAGCUGAUGCAGGUCCAACAGGACAGGCUGGGCCGCAGUUUAGACCGCCUCUCCACCGAACUCUACAGCAAAGACACACACUUUGUCCUGGAACUCAUUCAGAAUGCUGAUGACAACAGUUACCCAUCAGAUGUUGGUGUCAUUCCAGCGCUGGCCUUUGUGGUGGAGAGAGACAGCAUCUCCGUUCUCAACAAUGAGAUCGGCUUCAAGGAGACGAACAUCAGGGCCAUCUGUGAUGUGGGUCGCAGCACCAAGGGCAAACACAAAUAUGGAUACAUAGGUCAAAAGGGCAUCGGCUUCAAAUCGGUGUUCAAAGUCACAGACCGUCCGGAGAUUCACUCCAAUGGCUUCCACUUGCGCUUCGACAAGACCUGCGGCCCCAUGGGAUACAUCCUCCCCCACUGGACUGAAGAUGAGAAGCUUCUAGACUCACAGCUGAAAGACAUGAAUCAGCACAGCUGGACCACUAAGAUCUACCUUCCUCUACGCUCCGAAAGCCAUCAGACCAGAAACCUGUUUCAGGACGUGCACCCAUCCCUGCUGCUCUUCCUGCACCGCCUGCGCUCCAUCUCGAUCUACAAUCAGAGUGAGAAGCGUCUUGUGACAAUGACUCGGAAAGAUCUGAGUCACAAUGUGUUAGAGGUGGAGCACACAGAGGGCAUUGAGCGCUGGCUAGUGGUCAAAACUAUGGUGCAGCCCAAGAAGAUCAAAGAGGAUGUUGAGUCCACCGAGCUUGCCCUGGCUUUCCAGCUUGACAGCAACAUUACAGAAAGUGACAUUGUAUGCCAGCCGCAGAAACAGCCUGUCUUUGCUUACCUGCCCCUUCGCAGUUUUGGCUUCCGUUUCAUCAUCCAAGGUGACUUUGACAUCCCUUCCUCUCGUGAAGAUGUUGACAGAGACAGCUCAUGGAACCAGUCGCUUCGAUCUGAGAUACCACAACUCUUCCUCCAGGCCAUGGAUGUCUUCACUCAUCACCCAGAGUUCAAGGGGCUGAAGGGCCUCUCCCAGUUCCUGCAGUUUAUCCCCCUGCCUGACGAGGUGUUGGACUUCUUCAAGCCUGUUGCUGGGAAGAUUAUUCAGAUGCUCAAGGGCAAGGAAUUCCUGCCUACACUCAGCUCAGAUGGUAAGGUUGUGUACAAGCUGCCUUCCCAAGUGGCCGUCUGUCACGACGCCGUGAUCCGUGACGUGAUUGGCGGAGACGAGCUAGAAAGGCAUCUGUCUCUGUCCUAUCUCCAUCCGGGUUUGAGCCCUGCACCACCCUCCUCCCUGCUCGCUCACCUAGGAGUUAAAUACCUGCGGGGAUCCGAUGUUACCACAGUAACCACAGCCAUGGCCAGGGAGCUGAUGGAAGGCAUCCAUUCAGAUGCCGGCCUGCGUCAACUGGCCAAGCUGUUGGUUUGCAACUUCCGAGCUCUGGAACAUGGCUAUGGGGAGGCAGACUCUAUCCUGCAAACCCUAAGGGAUCUACCCAUAAUCCCCCUGGCUGAUGGACGCAUGGUGGCACUAAGUGGAGAAGGAGUGUUCUUCCCAAUUGAGGAAAACAAGACCAAAAAAAAGAAAGCUCAAGCUCAGACAGGCCCUCUGUCUGCAUUGUACAAGGAUGUAAAUGUAGUUCACCCCUCUCUGCUGAGUUGUGUGGAGCCUCUGGAAAGUCAGCAGGUUCGGGAGCUGCUGAAAAGACUCGGAGUUCACGAACUGGAGCCUCAAGAACUACUGGAGCAGCACAUCUACCCUUCAAUACAGAACAACAAAUGGAAGUCAAAGCCAGAGUCAGUGGUGGUGAGUUACUUGGUUUUCAUCAAGCUGCAUUCCUCCUCCAGCCAGCAGUACUCAGACUUUGCAGUACCCGUCCUCACCAACAGGGGUCUGCUGUGCCCGGCCAAUGAAAGGGUGCACUUCUCUGAAGAGUACAGCAACAUCAACCUGCCACAGAAACUGCCUGGCUGUGAUUGGGUCUUGCUGGACCCCUGCUAUGUGCAGACAGAUGACGAUGUAGCAGGAUGGAGGAAGCUGUUCAGCACCCUGGGAGUCAGAGACGGUCUCAUCAUCCGCAAAGAGAGACAAACACUCACUGCUAAAGAACUGGCCUCCAGUCCCUGGUCAGUAGAAAGUGCAAUGUGGCACCAAAAUCCAGGAGAGGGCUUUGUGCUUGAUGACUACCCCUGCGAGGAGUUUUAUUCCCUGGCCACAGCCCAGCUGCCCGGCCACCUCCUCCUGCAGCAGAGAAUGUCAUUGCUGGAGCUUCUGGCCUCAAACUGGGAUACAGGACAUCGCUACUCUCAGUACCUCACAGCUCAGGUGAUUGACAGCAAUGGACAACCGAUCAAAAGCACCAACUCCUCCUUCUACCACUUCUUGCGUUCUCUUGAAUGGGUACCAGCCUAUCGCCCCAAGGAAGGAGAACAGCAAGAGAGAAAGUACCUCUGUCCAAACUCAGUCUACCUGACCUCACCUGAAGUCACCAGCCUGCUGGGGACUCAUGUCUGUUAUGUGGACAUAGACCCCAGCGAGUUUAGCAGAGCUCUUGGAAUGAGACAAAGUAUCUCAGUGGAUGAUCUGAUAAACUACCUGAAGAAGUGGUGUGUCAAACCAGAAGCAGAUGACCAGGAGCAGAGACUACGUGAGGACGAGUUAGAGGGGGCAGAUUUCACUUCCACAGUUAAGCACAUCCACAACGUCUACACCUAUCUGUAUAAUAACUGUCCCCAGAGCAGCCUGAAGGAUUUGUUCCAGCAUACCCCUUCUGUAUUCAUAGAACACGACAGGCAAAAUGAGUGGUGUUCAGGACGUUUCUACCACCUAAAGGAGGUGUGCUGGAGUGACCCAACGGGUGUUUUCCAGCGCUACAGACCACUGACUCGUGCACCAGACAGCCCUGUCCAGCAGCCCAAAGUCCUGGCUCCCUUCUACAAACCACUGGAUGGCAUGAAAUCUUUCUUCACCAAACUGCUGAAUGUGGAUCUCAGUCCCAAUAUGAAGCAGUAUGUUGGCUUGUUGGAAUUGAUCUGUUCAUCAUCCCCCAUACCAACUGCUGAAGUGCUACAGGAUGUGUCAGUGCUCUAUGCCAUACUUGCUCAAAAGUGUAAAAUUCAAGUAUCUGGUGAACAGGAAAACAUCCCUCAGUUCAAUCUCAAUCUGGACUACUGCUCCACCUUGAAGGGUAUGGUGUCUAAUAAGGGGGUCUUCCCCACCAAGGAUAACAGAUGGGUGAGUCUGGCACGCAAACCCAUGAUUGCUGACAACAAGGAGUUGGAAAAGAUCUUUAAACCACACAAACAGAUCUGUCUGCUCAACCUGCCACCAGCAGAGAAAAAGACUGCUCCCAAGAACAGGACUGGGAAGUUUGUUCCGACAGUGCCGGGGGAACGAGUUAACACCGUACUUGCCUUCAACGAGAUGGACCGAUCUUUGUUUCUGGAGAUCUGUGGGAUCCGUCAGCUGUCCCAGUGUGUCAAGACUGAACCUCAGACUGAGAACCUCAGACCCUGUCCGGCCAUGCAGGCCAUGGUGCACUCUGUGAUACCCUACAUCCAGAGGUUCCUGUACCACCACGACGAGCUGGCUGAAGUCUAUUCAGAACUGAUUGACAACAACAUUAGAGAGAAAAUCAAGCGACUGAACUUCGCACAGGUGGGUAAGCUGUACAUUCGCUAUCAGCUGGAUGUUGCUGACAUUGAGGAUGAGGUGGUGGAGGUGCAGGAUGUUAUUUGUCUGCUAAACGGCGAGAAGGAUCUCUACAUCCAGAAAGAUCACCUCUCGGCCAAGCUCGACGUCUGCAGGGAGCUGGUGAAACUGUUCUGUACAGAGAGCAGCCACAGAAAAGAGCUGAAUCAUUUCCUGAGCGGCCUGAUAACCUCUCUCAGUGACCAAGGAUCUCUAAAGAGAUUCUUAGGCAAGGAGGACAUCAGAGAGCUGCCCAGUCAGGAGGAGCUGUGGGAGGUCCCAGAGCCCCCCAAACCAGAGAUUAACCUAGAGAGAGUGCUAUCAAGGAGUUACUCCUCCAUCAGCUCCCCAGAGGAGCCUUCUCGCUCCGCUCAAGAGGAUGGGGAACAGACGCUGGUUUGCUGGCCUCCUCGAGCAUCUAUGCUCAAUACUGGAGUCAGUCGCACAGGUCAGGCAGAUGGCGGUGUGGUCGAAGCAGUCAUGAAGAUGUGGCCACCUCCAGCUGGGCCUAAGGACAGAGAACAAGAAAAGGACGCCGCUGCCAGAGGAAGCAGCCAUGUCAUCCCCCAAAGCCCCAGCAGCAGCAGCAGCUACGACGGAAACCAGCCACUCAGGAGCAGCAGCAGCAGCAGACCUACAGAUCAGUCUGGCCUUCAGAGAGUCCCCAGCUCUCCAGGCCAACCUAACCCCUCACCACGGCCUCCAGAGUGCAGUCAACAGAGUGAGACUACAAUGUCUGACAGAGCUGAGAAUGGAGAGGGAAGCCUCACAGCCGUCGCACCAACACGGAGUCCUCCAGAUGCACAUCCUGCUGAGACAGCCCGCGAACAAGCCGCUCCAAACAGCCUCGUCAUCCCUGAGGCUGUGGUGCUUCCCAGUAUGUUUCAGGGGGCUGCGGAGACUGAGCGUCCUCCCCUGAGCCUGCACUUCCCUCUCUGGAACAAAGUCCAACCUCCACAUGCCACUCUGGAGGACAUGGAGCUCACCUGCCAGAGACCUACCACCGUGGUGUUCUCAGAUGACCAGAUGGAUAUGUCAGCGAUCGGUGAGUGGGGGGAGCAGCUGGUCAACACUUUCCUGUGCCACUGGAGGGACGGUGGCGACCCCAGACGACCCACAGACAUCCUGUGGUGCAACCAGAGCGGAGAGAGCGGCCAGCCCUACGACUUUAAGCUCACUUUUGGACCUGCAGGAGGGCCGACGGUGGUGUAUGUGGAAGUGAAGUCAACUAUAAAGAAAGAGAAGUCAUUCAUCCAACUCUCUGCCAACGAGCUGGACUUUGCACUGAAAGAGAAGGAGCGCUAUCACAUAUUCCGAGUGUACAGCACAGGAGAUGCCCAGAACGUCCGCCUGUGUCGCAUUAAGAACCUUGCGCAGCAUCUCCACACCAAAAACCUGGCACUUUAUCUGUUUGUAUAAGUCCUUUGUAAGUUUGUGGAGAUUUUUGCACUGUAGUAACUCACACCACAAUGACAGGCUUACAUGUGUAUUCUAAAAGCAUCUCAUGCCUUUUAAGUACAUCCUAACUACACUGAUUUUAGUUGUUUUUUAAUGUGCCUAUGAUACUAGAGUUAUUUUGCCUGCUAAUGAGAAAAAAAUGCACAUUCCUUUUCCAUUUUCAUGUCGGAGGUAAUUUUAUAGCUACACACAGCUGUGUGUUUUCUGGUAUUUGUACAAUUGUAUUGGUUUUUAGUGGUCAGUGGACAAACUGAAUGUUUUUAUUUUUUUAUUCCCCCUACCUUAACCUUUUCUCUAGCAUUCCUUUUGAAUAAAAUACUUUUUCUGUCAGCUGAAUGACUGUGAAUGA